AUGGUUUCUUGCCGUUCGGUAGAUGUGGAGGAUCGAAGAAUAAAGAAACCCUAUUUGGGAGGAUGGAAGAACAAAAUUACCCAAGUAGAAUAUUUAAAUGCCGAGUCCCAAACAGGUCCUCCGAGAAAGCCACUUAAACAGAAAUGCAGUAGAAAAGUACAAUAUAUUUCUUGGACAGAAGUAUUCACGCAAACACCGUGUCAUCAUCCAACGCAAAUGUCGCGACCUGACUGUUUCGUAUCGAGCGAAUCGGACAAGUACGUGACAUCGAAGCCGUAUGAAACAUACGACGAAAUGAUGAUACGACUGGAUUACGAUGGGAAGGCACGAAUUAUCCAAAGAAAUUACAGGAUAUACAAAUUGCUGAAGCGUAUCAAAGAAUAUGCGAGACGGUACCGCGAGCUGGUCGAGAAUUGCAAGCAGCACGAAGCGGAAAAAGUAUUAUUGUACAGGAAAAGACAUCGUCAGGAAAUUCUUCGAAGAAUCAAUCCCAGAACUCGGUUGGAUUUCGACAUGCUCUACGAGUUGGUGGAGAAAUGGCGACACGAUCGUCUCGAGUGUGCGAAGCAACGAUUCUUCAGACCCGCAAGGUGCGCGGAAAAUCAUGUGACAUUGGAGAAGAUGGUGGAGAUGUUGAAGGUGAUCGACCAGAAGAGACAGGCGGUGAAGAAGCGCUACAUGGACCGGAAACGCGUGAGAUUUGUCACGGUGAACUGCAAGCCUAUUUCGUGGCACGGUUACAAGAACAAACUCAUAGAGAUGGACACGAUGAGGAACCAAAAAGCGAGAGAAUUGAAGAUCCUUUACGACUCGUUGACGAAUUACAGCGUUACUCGAGGGGAACGCAUGGAGUUGCUCACGAUGCUGAAGAAAUCGUUGGAAGUGCACAACUGCGUGUCCGCGUUCGAUCUGAUAAGGCUCUUGGACCAAGAGUUAACCUACUUGGCAAGAGGGAUGAAAGACAUGCCGCUGGACUACUUCCGGGAGAGGGUAGUUUACAGUUAUUUGGACUUUGUGCGGAUGUCGCACUCGUGCUGUUGCACGAACAACGAUAAACACUUUUGCAAGAACGUGGAUGACGAGAAACUGCGGGAACCGAUCGAACCAUCCACGAGGUUAUGUCGCAGUUGUUUAAAAUUGAUUCCCUGUCACAGAUUCACCGUUCAUGGAAGGAUGAAGAGGCUGUUCACUUGCGUUGCUUGCACAUGGCUACGCGAACGAAAUAUCGCGCACGUCAACUACGAUCCUUACAUAUUUCUGCUGAAUUGCGUACGCUCCGAGGAGAAGAAAAGAGGAUCACCGUCGGCCAUUGCGUUUAUGAUGCAGAAACACGACAUGUAUUAUUUGGUGAACAAUAUCUGGCACGGCUACUCGGUCGUCAGUGAAAACAGGGAUCUGUUCUUGUUACGAGUCGUCCGAUAUGACGUAAAUAAGGAAUGGUCACCGUGGAAUUGCAUCAUUUUAACGGCUGACGAGGCUGACGUUCACUGCAGGAUCAAGGACCUCGCGAGCGUUUACUCGAAGCCACUCAUCGAGAAGAUCUUGUUGUCUCAUCAGUUAGCGAAAAACCACUUCGGGCACUUGAGGCAGUUCGAGAAGGAGUUUCGAGAAAAGUUUCAUCGGAUCGAGGACAAAGCGGUUUAUAAACCGGCGAUCAAAGUGGACGAUUACCUUUUCACUUGA